AUGAUUUUUGGUAUUAAACCCAAGUGGCGCAGGGCGCCUGUAAUUAUAUUCUUGUGUUAUAUUUUUGUACAUUUCAAUAAUAUAGUCUACUGUAUACACUUGAUUCCUUCGUACAAACUCAGUUUCGUAUGCUAUAAAUGGCCGAACAGGUUUAGAACCCCUCCAGAAGUCGGGGAUUUUGAACCUUUGGUUUCGCUACGCGAACACACCGAUCAUUCCUUUGAGCUAAAUUCUUCUUUUACAAAUAAUUUGUUCAAUAAACCAUUUUUCUCAAAAAAUCCAUUUAAUAAAUCGUUUUUUUCGAAUAUCUUCCCCAACAAAUCUCUGUUUUUAAAUAAUUUGUUCAAUAAACCGUUUUUUAAUAACUAUUCCAAACCUUGUAACAAAAAUGAUGAGUCGAUCCUGUCUAAUUUUUGGUCUUCAUUAAAGUCAUAUGUGAGUAGUAAGUUUUCAUCAGUAAAGGGAAGUACGCUUUGUGGAAACCCCAAAAGAUACACGAAGUCGGAUGCUUAUCUAAGGAACAAUGACCUCAGGCAUCUCUCGUUCUUUGACUUUUUCGAUAACGCACCUAAUAACCUUGGUGACUAUAAAAUUCGGAAGGAGUUUAAUGAGUCCAUGACACAGGAGUCACCAUACAUGGAGCUGGUCAGAACCGGGCCUUCUGGGAUAAUUAAACGAUUUCUGAGAGUUGCUCCCUCUAUGGUUAAGGACGCAAUAAGCCUGACUGUAUCAACACUUAUCGGUUCGUUCUACAGAUACAGCGCUGAGACCACAAUUAUCACUACAACAGACCGCCUGGCUGCACUAAUACUUAACCUCCAAGUCACUGGGUAUAUUUAUUGCAACGCUGAGCAAAGGUAUAGAUUAUCUUCUUUGUGUAAUCCAACAGGAACCUCAGUCCCAGGAGGUGUUAUGAAUAAUCAACUGACUGACAAUCAACCUGAACCGAGGGACGAAAUUGAGGGCCUAAGUGUUGGCGAUGAGCUUCUGAGUUAUGUUCGAAGGCUUCCUCGCAGUUAUAUAAACGGCAUUUUUGAUAAUAUGAACCCUGAGAUACUAUAUGCAAUGAGACACUCUACUGAAAAGGCCAUUCAGCUCUUAACUGUCCUGAACCACAAUUAUCUUGACUUUAAAGACGACCAGAAACUUAUUAUACAACAGACGGGCUCCUUCGCGAUGCAGCUUUGCUUCUGGAAACUUGCUCUUGGAUACUGUAUGAGGGACCAGGAAACUAAAAUCGAACUCACUAAAUCACUCAAUUCUCACUAA